AUGGGGCGCGGCAGCGGCACCUUCGAGCGUCUCCUAGACAAAGCAACCAGCCAGCUUCUGCUGGAGACCGACUGGGAGUCCAUCCUGCAGAUCUGUGACCUCAUCCGUCAGGGGGACACACAAGCCAAAUAUGCCGUGAGUUCCAUCAAAAAGAAAGUCAACGACAAGAAUCCUCACGUGGCGUUGUACGCCCUGGAGGUCAUGGAGUCUGUGGUGAAGAACUGCGGCCAGACUGUCCAUGAUGAGGUGGCCAACAAGCAGACCAUGGAGGAGCUGAAGGAGCUGCUGAAGAGGCAGGUGGAAGUAAAUGUCCGAAACAAGAUUCUGUAUCUGAUCCAGGCCUGGGCUCACGCCUUCCGGAACGAGCCCAAGUAUAAGGUGGUCCAGGACACGUACCAGAUCAUGAAGGUGGAAGGACAUGUCUUCCCGGAGUUCAAGGAGAGCGAUGCCAUGUUUGCCGCAGAGAGAGCCCCCGACUGGGUGGAUGCUGAGGAGUGCCACCGCUGCAGAGUGCAGUUUGGGGUGGUGACACGCAAGCACCACUGCCGGGCGUGUGGUCAGAUUUUCUGCGGCAAGUGCUCCUCCAAGUGCUCCACCAUCCCCAAGUUUGGCAUCGAGAAGGAGGUGCGCGUGUGCGAGCCCUGCUACGAGCAGCUGAACAAGAAAGCAGAAGGAAAGGCGUCGUCCACCACGGAGCUGCCCCCGGAGUACCUGACCAGCCCCCUGUCACAGCAGUCCCAGUUGCCCCCCAAGCGGGAUGAGACGGCCCUGCAGGAGGAGGAGGACCUGCAGCUGGCCCUGGCUCUGUCACAGUCGGAGGCCGAGGAGAAGGAGAGGAUGAGACAGAAGUCGGCGUAUGCUGCUGCCACGUACCCCAAGGCAGAGCCCGCGCCCGUGGCCUCGUCGGCGCCCCCGGCCGGCAGCCUGUACUCUCCGCCUGUGACUUCGUCGGCGCCGUUGGCAGAGGACAUCGACCCCGAGCUCGCCCGGUACCUCAACCGGAACUAUUGGGAGAAAAAGCAGGAGGAGGCCCGCAAGAGCCCUACCCCGUCCGCACCUGCGCCCCUGACGGAGCCGGCCGCCCCGCCUGUGGAGGGGCAUGCAGUCCCCGCCAACGCGCUGGAGACCCCCCUCCCGGAGACAGACUCUCAGCCCAUAGCUCCCUCCGGCGGCCCCUUCGGCGAGCAGCAGUACCAGAACGGGGAGUCGGAGGAGAACCACGCACAGUUCCUGAAGGCCCUGCAGAACGCCGUCACCACCUUCGUCAACCGCAUGAAGAGCAACCACGUGCGGGGCCGCAGUAUCACCAAUGACUCGGCAGUGCUUUCCCUCUUCCAGUCCAUCAACAGCAUGCACCCCCAGCUGCUGGAACUGCUCAACCAGCUGGACGAGCGCAGGCUAUACUAUGAGGGGCUGCAGGACAAGUUGGCGCAGAUCCGCGAUGCCCGGGGGGCGCUCAGCGCCCUGCGGGAGGAGCACCGGGAGAAGCUUCGCCGGGCAGCUGAGGAAGCCGAGCGCCAGCGCCAGAUCCAGCUGGCCCAGAAGCUGGAGAUCAUGCGGCAGAAAAAGCAGGAGUACCUGGAGGUGCAGCGGCAGCUGGCCAUCCAGCGCCUGCAGGAGCAGGAGAAGGAGCGGCAGCUGCGCCUGGAGCAGCAGAAGCAGACCAUCCAGAUGCGCGCCCAGAUGCCCGCCUUCUCCCUGCCCUAUGCCCAGCUCCAGGCCAUGCCCGCGGCCGGGGGCGUGCUGUACCAGCCCUCGGGCCCAACAAGCUUCCCGGGCACCUUCAGCCCCGCAGGCUCAGUGGAGGGCUCCCCCAUGCACACGGUGUACAUGAGCCAGCCGGCCCCCGCCGCCGGCAGCCCCUACCCCAGCGUGCCUGGGGCCGGAGCAGAUCCCAGCAUGGUGAGCGCCUACAUGUACCCAGCGGGGGCCACGGGGGCGCAGGCAGCCCAAGGCCCCACCGGGCCCACCGCCAGCCCAGCCUACUCGUCCUACCAGCCUACUCCGACACAGGGUUAUCAGAACGUGGCCUCCCAGGCCCCCCAGAGCCUCCCGGCCAUGUCCCAGCCUCCACAGUCCGGCGCCAUGGGCUACAUGGGGACCCAGUCGGUGUCCAUGGCUUACCAGCCUUACGGCAUGCAGAGUCUCAUGAGCACCCUCCCUAGCCAGGACGCACCUCUGCCACCCCCCCAGCAGCCCUACAUCGCAGGGCAGCAGCCUAUGUACCAGCAGAUGGCGCCCUCCGGGGGACCCCCCCAACAGCCACCCCCCGUGGCCCAGCCACCCCCUGCACAGGGCCCUCCGGCGCAGGGCAGUGAAGCCCAGCUCAUCUCGUUUGACUGA